CCGUUUUUGAUGACAUACUUGAGAAACGGAAGUGUCGGAAGCUUAGUUCCGGUGAUGUCAUUGUCAGAACUUUGUCUGAUUGGUUCCGUCCUUCCUUAACAGUUUUCCCGCGCUGCAGAACAACACACUGAACCGUCAGUCAGUAGUUUCAGUAGCGUUGAUAUUUUAUCCUUAUUUCAUAUUGGUACCGGUGUUGUUACUCUGUUACGAAGUGAUGUCAUCCUCAGAUUAUGAUCCGGCUUGUUUGCCGGACUUAUUACCGCUGUACUACCGACGGCUCUUCCCCUUCUUCCAGUACUAUCGCUGGCUAAACUAUGGAGGAGUGCAGAAGAAUUAUUUUCAGAAUCGAGAGUUCUCCUUCACACUCAAAGAUGACAUUUAUGUCCGCUACCAGUCGUUCAGCACACAGAAUGAGCUGGAGAAAGAAAUGCAGAAGAUGAACCCUUACAAGAUUGACAUUGGAGCAAUAUACAGUCACAGGCCGAACCAACACAACACGGUGAAAUCAGGAACCUUCCAGGCUUUGGAAAAGGAGCUGGUGUUUGAUAUUGAUAUGACAGAUUAUGAUGAUGUCAGAAGCUGUUGCAGUGCUGCAGACAUUUGCUCCAAGUGCUGGACCCUGAUGACCAUCGCUAUCCGUGUCCUGGAUAGAGCUCUUCGAGACGAUUUCGGUUUCCAGCACCUGCUGUGGGUUUAUUCUGGCAGAAGAGGAGUGCAUUGCUGGGUGUGUGAUGAAGCUGCCAGGAAGCUCUCUGUAGCUGCACGCUCUGCUGUUGCAGAAUACCUGAGCCUGGUGAAGGGUGGUGAAGAAACUGUGAAAAAAGUAGUGCUGACAGAACCGAUUCAUCCUUUCAUCAGUGCAUCUUUGUCAGAGGUGGAGAGAUACUUUAAACAGUAUGCACUAAAGGGACAGGACAUACUGGGCCGCAAGGAAUCUGUAAACAAAGUGUUGGCACUCGUGCCUGAAGAUGUAAGAAACGAGCUUCAGAUCGAUUUCAAAAAUGAGAAGAACCCUGAAAAACGUUGGGAUUUAAUCAGCGGCUACGCCGAAACUAAACAGCACACUGCCAAGAAGAACCAACACUUUGAGAAAGAAAUCAUGCUGCAGUAUUGUUACCCACGGCUCGACAUAAAUGUCAGUAAAGGUGUGAACCAUUUGCUGAAGAGCCCCUUCAGUGUACACCCCAAAACAGGACGCAUUUCUGUUCCCAUGGACGUCAAAGAAUUAGACACAUUUGAUCCUUUUGCUGUGCCCACAAUCAGCCUCAUCUGUGAGGAGCUGGAUCAGCCUAGAACAGGAGAAGUGGGCGAGAAGUCAGAGGACAUCAAGGAGAAUGAGAAGGAUGCAGCAGAGAAACGAAGGAUGAGAGAUUACAAAAGAACCAGCUUGGCAAAGUAUGUGAAAUACUUCGAUCAGUUUCUGGAUCAAAUGGCCUCUUCGUGGAAAGGAGAGCUGCUCAGAAAGAGUGAUCUUCAGAAAGAAUUCUGAACUGGAUCAACAAUCACAAAGUGAUUCACUUCUGAAGAGGCACCAUUAAUAGCUCGCUGUUGCUUCAAGUGGCUGAUGAUGCACAGUGUGUCCUGUUUGGAGGGGGUCUCAUACUGUGGUGAAAUCUUGCCAGUUAUUUCAGCUUAAUACAUGUUUAUGUUCUUAUUAGAUUCACUGAUAAUGUUUUCAUAAAUUAAACAUAAGUAAAAUAACCCCUUGCUAUACAGUUUCCCUAGUACAGUACCAGUUUCCUAUUGUUUUACUUGUUGCCUAAAUUUUGCUACUGUACAGUCUUUUGUAAAAUUAAAUUUGUAUGCUUUCAAAACCUGGUAAUGUAGUUACUUUUAUUAUAAGAGGUUUUGUAAAUUCAAAUUAUUUGAAGAGCAAGCAGAGUGAUAUGACGGUCGACAGUUACAAAUUAGAGGUAAUAGUUUUAAUAUUACAUUUUGUACCAAUACUUAAGCCAAUGUGUGGAAUUUGAAUAAAUGACAUCGUUGAACCUUUUAAAAA